UAAUGUCAGACCUGACUAAGACCAGGGAUGAGGACGGCAUAUGGACGGGAGGGUGGAAGGUCCUGGUGAAGUUACGGCAGAUAAACAACAUAACCCAACAUCUGCCCAAUUCUUUCUUCAUUGGUCGGGAGAAAGGGGUUUGCUUCUAUGCAGGUCAGCCCAGAAAAUGCUUCAAGUGUGGGAAGACCGGUCAUAUCGCGAGUGUGUGCACCCUAGUGAAGUGUAAUUUAUGUGGGGAGAUCGGCCAUGUCAGCGCCACCUGCCAGAAUAUCCGCUGCAACCUCUGUGGUAAGACCGGUCACUCCCACAGGGACUGUCCUGACGCCUGGCAUAAUAUCUGUAAGGACUUCCCUGAUGAGGACCUGCUGGAGGGGGCAGAGGACCUGGAGGAGGAGACGUUGGUGUCAGGGUCAGCAGUGACACAACCUGAGCCUCAGCAUAACAUGGGUGACACUAGAGGUGACGAUAUGGGUGACAAUAUUGGUGACACUAGCGGUGACAAUAUGGGUGACAAUAUUGGUGACACAGUGCCCGACCAGUCCCAGCCAGGAGCCACUGAGGGGAACAGGGAGGUCACUGAGCAGGUUGUGGCCAUGUCUUCUUCUGCCCCAGCAUCAAUAAAUCCGCAGAAGAGACGGAAGAAAGACAAAACCAGCCGUAAGCCUGAGGAGGGAUGGACCACUGUCCAAAAACCUUCCAAAAAGAAAGUAGACCCCGGGUCAGGUGUCAUGACCAUCACAAAUAGGUACAGUGUCCUAUCAGAGUCAGACGUUGAGGAAGAGAUGGAGAGGGAGCUAAAGAGAGUGAUAGAUGAAUUUAAUGAAGACCAAGAGGGUGAUCCCCCCACAAAAAAGAGACCCCCACGAGCAAAACGUCUGUCCGAAUCGGACAUGGAAACAAGUGGUCAGCAGGAGGGCUCAGACUCAGAUCUGUGAUGAUGGGGGUGACAUCUCUGCACUUUCUUCUUUCCUUUGUUAUGAUGGCCGACUUUACCCUUAAAGUGUUCUCCAGUAAUGUGAACAGUGUCAGAGUGAGGAGGACCAGACAUGUCGUAUAUGACUAUCUAAAGUCUAUUGAUGCUGACAUCAUCUUCUUACAGGAGACACGUUUAAAUACUCAAGGACUGUUACGUGAGGCAGAGCGUGAAUGGCGGUCUGGUCCAUCCUUUUGGUCACUGGGUGUGGAACCAAGUGCCGGGGUCUCUAUCCUGUUUACCACCAAUGAUGUAACUGUACAUAGGCUGACAGAGGCAGCCAGAGCCGGACGGGCAGCAGCCACUACCAUCAAGGAGACCCCCGCAACAACCCAGAUAUGGUUCUAUGUGGUGGUCCUUCUGAAGAUAUGGUUCUAUGUGGGAUCCUCCAGAGGAAGAAGUCUAUGUGGUGGUCCUUAAGAAUAAAAGGUCCUUUGAGGUGGUCCUUUAGAAGAUGUGGUCCUUUGUGGUGGUCCCCCAGAAGAUAUGGUUCUAAGUGGUGAUUCUCCAGAGGAAAUAGUCUAUGUGGUUGCCUUCAGAAGAUAUGGUCCUACGUGGUGGUCCUUCAGAAUAUAUGGUCCUACGUGAUGGUCCUUCAGAAGAUAUGGUCCUACAUGAUGGUCCUUCAAAUGAUAUGGUUUUAUGUGGUGAUUCUCCAGAAGAAGUCUAUGUGGUGGUCCUUCAGAAUAAAAGGUCCUUUGUGGUUGUCUUCCAACAGAUAUGGUUCUAUGUGGUGGUCCUUCUGAAGAUAUGGUUCUAUGUGGGAUCCUCCAGAGGAAGUCUAUGUGGUUGCCUUCAGAAGAUAUGGUCCUACGUGGUGGUCCUUCUGAAGAUAUGAUCUUAUGUGGGAUCCUCCAGAGGAAGAAGUCUAUGUGGUGGUCCUUCAGAAUAAAAGGUCCUUUGUAUUGGUCCUUUAGAAGAUAUGGUUCUAUGCAGUGGUCCUCCUAAACCUUUGUUCUGGUGGUCUCGCUGAAGUCCAUUCUUGAAGUGGUGGUCCUUCUGAAGGUUGCUCCUUGAGGUUAUGUUUACUGGUGUCUUCAUGUUUGCACCUCACACCCUGGCCCUGUCCCAGACCCUCAGGCUUCCUG